GAGCAUCUCACACCAAGCUAACAAGCUAGGUUCUUCAUGGACCAGCACCACCACGGCCAAGCUCCCGCACACGGCGGCGGCCGCAGCAGUGAGGGGGGCGAGCCGACCACGACACGGUCCCGGUGGGCGCCCAAGCCGGAGCAGAUCCUGAUCCUGGAGUCCAUCUUCAACAGCGGGAUGGUGAACCCGGCCAAAGAUGAGACGGCGCGCAUCCGCCUCCUCCUCGAGCGCUUCGGCGCUGUCCGUGACGCCAACGUGUUCUACUGGUUUCAGAACCGCCGCUCCCGCUCUCGCCGCCGUGCCCGCAAGCUCCAGCAGUCCUGCGGCGGCACCGGGGACGCGGACCAGCUCCCCUCCAACGCAGCUGCCGGACAUGGCUACCACGGCAUCGGCACCUCUCCCUACAACACCAUGCAGUACGGACAGCUGGGCGGCGGUGUUUCGGCGGCCGCGGCCGCGGUCAACACGGCGCCCCGUUUCUUGGUAGAUGACGCCGAGGGCGGAGACGAUCUUUUCGCCAUCCCCCGGCAAAUGGGCCUCAUGGCACGCGGUGGCGAAAACCAGUAUGGUUACCCGGCUACCGACGCAUCGCAACUAAGCUACCAAGCAACUGUUCCAGGGACGACGAUGCCGGUGUUCAUCAAUGGCACGGUAUACGAGGUGCCAAGCACCGGCGCAUUGGACGUGGAAGGUACGUUCGGGCCUGACGUGAUUCUGGUGCACUCCUCCGGCGAGAUCCUCCCAGUGAACGAGCGCGGCGUCCUCAUGAAGAGCCUGCAAAUGGGCGAAUGUUAUUACCUGGUAUUCAGAUCGAUCUAAUUAAUUAAUCAGCUCCAUGUCUAGCCGAUUAGAAGAAUCAAGGUCUGCAUAUGUACGCAAAAUGCAAAGGAAGCAUGCAUUUUGUAAUCAAGCUUCAAUGGGAGCGAUGUUGUUGUCAAGAUCGUAUCAGUGUGUGUACUAAUGUUGUUCU